CCAGGGCUUAUAUAGAAACUGCAUCAUUUUUCCCCAUCGAAGGGGAGACAGAAAAGGUGAAAGCACACAAACUAAAACUUACAUAGCCCUAUCAGAUGCCAGUGCAGGCUCCUGCUUGCUUCAUGGCUUACUUGACUGUUCCAUUCAUUCAAUCAUUGGAAUGAGAGAGACUCCUGGAGUGAUGCAGGUUUAGGGUAGAUUCAUGUGAUGCAAUGUAUGGUGUUGUAAUAACAACAGCAGGAGUGGCGCGGCCACCGCAGAAUGCGGUGGACUGGUUACCCGACUUCUGUGGCUUCUCAUGGGUGGCCUACGCCUGUGCCUCUUCCUCUCUCUUUACAAUCAUUUCCUUUCAUACCUCCUCAAAUUCAACAACAACAACAACAACAUCAUCAUCAGCACAAUUCCGCCAAGUUAUCCAGCCUCAAAAAGAAGAAGAAAUAGUGAAAGCAGUGGCAUGGUCUCCUUCAGUACCUUGCGAUGGCACUAUGGCGGUUGCUUCAUGCAGCCAUGUUCACAUCUAUGCCCCCUCUUUUCUCAAACCAACCCCUCCCCUUCAUAACGAUGCAAAUGAUGACCAUCAUCAUCAUCUACCCGAUACUCACUUGAGUUGGAGGCAGAUUGUAGUGCUGGUGCAGUCUUCCCCUGUGGAGGCAAUAGCAUGGACGGGAUCAGGGGACGGAAUCAUUGCAGUUGGCAUCGAGGUGGUGAUGUGGAAGAAGAAGAGCAACAGUGACAUGUUGCCAUCAUCAUCAGAAUCAUCAUGGGAGACAAUCUCCAAGUCGAGAAUUGAAGGAGAGCCCUCUCAAAACCUGGUUUCUGCAACCUGGUCUGUCCAAGGACCUGUGGCAACCACUGCUCAAGGUUUCCAGGUCGAGAUCCCAUCAUCAUCUAAAACACCUAGUGCUACCACGGCUAUGAGGAAGGUUAUGCUCUGGUUUGGUGAUGGCGAUGCCCACAUAGAGCUCUCUCAUCCUCAGCCCGUUAUGAUGAUCCAAUGGAGGCCAACAUCAUCAUCCAAAGGUGAUGAUGGUCCUCACCCUCUGAGAAUGAAUGUGCUCUUGACUUGCUGCUUAGAUGGGGUCGUGAGGCUCUGGAACGAGAUCGACAGUGGGAGGAGUCGAACUGAUAAGAGGUUCAGAGAUGCAAAGCCAUCCUUUUAUGUCACUGCCGUUAUUGAAAUCGACCGGUGCUUGAAUGGGAAACUUGGGAUCGAUGUAUUUGUGGUGUGGGCAAAAGAAAUCAGGGGCGUAAAUGCUGCAUGUGAUGAAUUUCUCACAGAUGCUUGUCUUAGUUCAGAGGAGGAAAAAAAGGCUGGGUAUUGCGAGUGGUUGAUCGGGGUUGGACCAGGUUCAUCUCUUUGUUUUUGGGCCAUCCAUUGCCUCGACAACGUGUCUCCAUUGCAAUGCCCCCGCGUGCAUCUGUGGAAGAAACAAAGCCUUGAAGCUUCUGAAACAACGGAUAUUAUUUAUGAUUCAAAGGAUUCAGUGUUCAGUCGCAGUCCUAUUUUUCUUACCGCUGUUAUAUCAAGGAGUAGGUCAUCUGCUCCGCCGACCUCCGCCUGCUUAUUUCAAUUGUUACCCAACAAUUCCUUUAGGUGGUCUUAUUUAAAAGAUCCACCAUUAUCAGAUGAUUACUCUUUCUCCGUUCAGUCCAUGAAGGAGAAACGUUUGUCUUGUAUUGUUCACAGUGUUCUAAACCAGGAUGGCCAUGUUGGGAAUAUUGAGCUGCUCAUGCUGCACCCUUUUAUUUACGAAGUUGAGCUUGCUGUUUCUUUGGAUUCUAAUGGUUGUGUUGUUUUCUGGUCCCUCCCAACCAUUCCUAACCAUGAGAUGGGCAUGCCAACUCUGCCUCACCUUGCUUGGAAAUUUCUUGGUAAAAUCCUUUCCGAUGACCUGCCUUUGGGUGCUAAAUAUUCAACUUUGGCAUGGGGACCUUUGGUUGUAGAUGGGAAUACACUUCUGCUGAUUGGACAUUCACAUGGAAUUGACUGUUUUAUCGUUAGCGUCGUUUGGAGAAAAGGCAAUGCUGCCAACAUGGUGCAGCACUGCAAGAUCCACACGAUCCUUUUCCCUAAUCAGAGUAUCAAUAGUGCCUUAGACAGAUUACAUGCGACCCAUCUACCUCCCACCUGUGGCCAAGGUUUUAAUUGCCAUCGCUUUUUAUUGAUGGGGUUCAGGAUGGAAGGUUUUCAUGCUUCGUCCUGGGAAGUUGUGUUGCACUCCGAUGAUUUAUCCAGGAGUGGCUGCUGUGCAUGCGAUUCUGUUUCAGGAAGCACUCCCACUCCUACUGCCAAUGCCAUUGUUCACCAACCUAUAUUUUCCACCAGAAAAUAUCGUCUUUCUGCCAUUCUGUGCUCUCCUAACUUGUUUGAUACUUGCAACAAAGGUCAUCAGGUGACAAGUGUUGCUGUCCCUUGCGACAAUAAUCUGAUGGCGUACUUACCUUACGGAUCAGGGGCUUCUUCACAUGAUGGUUUGUGCUAUGAUGUUUCUGCCUGUCACUUGGCCUCAGGCUUCUCGAAUGGUGUUGUGAAGCUGUGGAGAAUAACUGGCCCACCGGAGUUAUCUCUGUAUGAUUCUGAGACUCCAUUUGAGUGCGUCGGUAUGUGGAAAGCACACCAGGGUCCAGUAAGCAUGAUAGCCUUGUCCACUUCUGGGUGCAAGAUUGCAACAGCUGGAGUGGGCUGCCCAAACAAUAGCAAUUCCGUAUGCAUCUGGGACCCUGUUAACAUCUUUGAUGCAGGGCAUUUUGUACUAGAAGAUGAAAUCAACCUGGAUGGGGUUGUCAUUGCUUUAAACUUUCUUGUUAUUGGCAAUGGACGCCUUCUUCUAGGGGUUUGCUUGCAAUCAGAGUUGCGCGUUUAUUCUCAGCGAAGGUAUGAUGGCUGCGUAUCUGCAGAACCAGGAGAAACUCAUAUUUGGUUUUGUUUUGCGUAUUUGCGCGUUCCAUCCUCUGUGCAUAGCUUCUUCUGGGGGCCAAAAGCAACUCUAGUUCUCGUGCAUGAGAGGUACUUUUGUCUCCCCAGUCAGUGGUCAUUCUGUGAUGGUUAUAGUUCUCAAAAUGGAAUAUGCCUUAAAUAUGCCGAAUUUGGCCUUCACCAAUUGGCGGAAGAGGAGUCUUGUGUAUACCAUGCAAACAGUGAUCUACACAUCAUUCAAAAACCACCGAUGGAUGCAGCAACCAGUGGAGCUGGUGAUUCUAUGUUGCCUUCAAAAUUCAAUGGGAAAACUGUUCAUGCAUACAAUGGUUUGUUUGUGACUAUGACUGAGCAUGACCUUGUAUGUUGUAAGAAAAGCGGGAUGUAUAGCUUGCUGAACAUGGCUGAGGAUUUAUGUGGGCCAUUGCCUGUCUAUCACCCUAAGGCUCUCCUCCAUUGCUUGUUUUCUGGAAACUGGACAUGUGCUUAUUCCGCAUUGAAAGAUCUUGUGUCAUAUCUCAGUUCCAAUGUCAUAUCAGGAAAGUCAUAUAAUGCUGUACCACAGAUCAAUUUGUCAGAAUACUUUCAAGUGGUUCCCUCCAAAACUGUGUGUAAUAAAGCGUUGCAAUGGGGUCUUGGAAUUACUUCUGAAGCAUCUGCUACAUCUCGAAAAAAUUUGUUCCAGUCUGUACAAAGCAACUCCAUGGUUCAAGAGACUGCAUGUUUGACCACUUCAUUCAAUGGUAUCAUGGAAACUCUGGAAAAUUCCCCUAAUAUACCUGGUAUAACAGAUGUUGAGAGAAUCGAACUUCUUGCACUCACUGAUCUCUUGGGUGAUGUUAGUAACUCUAGCAGAGGUUCUACUUAUUUAAGCCUUGAUGGUCCUGGCCGGAGGUUCUGGGUUGCUGUACGUAUCAAACAACUCUGUUUCUCUCAUAAAUUUGGAUGGCCUGCUGAUGUGGAAGGGUUGGUCGCGGAGUCUAAGUUGAUGGCAUGGGCAUUGCAGUCUGAUAGUCAAGAUGAUUUAUGCAAUUCUCUCCUGUCUAAUGAACCAUGUUGGCAAGAAAUGAGGAAUUUGGGUCUGGGUUUUUGGCUUACAAGUGGAACUUCUUUACGUGCGAGGAUGGAGAAGCUGGCAAGGCUACAAUUUUUGAAAAGGAAAGAUCCAAAGGAAUGUGCACUUCUGUACCUGGCACUGAAUAGACAACAAGUUUUGGCUGGAUUAUUUAAAAUUAGCAAAGACGAAAGGGACAAACCCUUGGUUGGGUUUCUUUCGCGGAACUUUCAGGAGGAAAAGAAUAAAUCUGCAGCUUUGAAAAAUGCAUAUGUUUUGUUGGGGAGACAUCAACUGGAGCUUGCAGCUGCUUUCUUUCUUCUUGGAGGUGAUCUUUCUUCUGCUAUUGCUGUCUGUACCAAAAACAUUGGAGAUGAACAACUUGCGCUCGUAAUAUGUGAACUUGUGGAAGGAACCAAUGGGCCAGUGCAGCAUGAACUUAUCUUAAAUUAUUUAUUGCCCUCCGCUAUCGAGAAAGAGGACAAUUGGCUUGCUAGCAUGUUGGAGUGGAGGUUAGGGAAAUAUUCUCAAUCGAUACUGCGCUUGCUUCAUGUGGCAGUUGACUUAACAGUUGAAGAAAAGAUAUUAGAUCUUCCUGGAACUCACUCUGCUUUCUUAGACCCAGAUGUUGGUCAGUACUGUGCAAUCCUUGUAGCGAAACGGUGCUUGAGGAAUUCCAUUGGUGAAUCUAGUGCUGAUACAUUGGCAAGAUGGGCUAUCAUAAUGACUUCAAGUGCUCUAAACAAAUGUGGACUUCCUCUUGAAGCUCUGGGUUGCCUUUCCCCUUCUAUCAGUAAUUCUGAUGGUAAAGAACCAAGUGUAUAUUCAAGCAACGGAUCAGAACUGAAAUCUACAUCAAAGGAUGCUUCAUACAACUGGCUCUCGGGAAGUUUGGCUAGCUGUUUUGAGUCUCAUGCUAAAUUAAAUUUGGCAAUGCAAUACAUUUCAAAAAUUAUACGUGAACAUCCAAAUUGGGAAAGAUUCAAGUUAGUGUCAUCAUGUAUACCAUCAGGUUCAAUAAAGAAAGUGGCACUCAUCAAUUCAUUCCUCUACUGGAAGAUGUUCGUCUUUUCCUGCAAUAAUGGGAUGUUGUUUCUUGGAUACCACGUGUUGCAAUGCCUGCUUUUCCCAAAACAUACACAUGACCUGUUUAACAUUUCUGAUAGUGUUGCUUCGGUUCAGCUGGACCUUCUCCUAAAGGCUGCUGAAGAAAUAUGCAAUGGGUUUGCUCACUGUGUUGUUGGAUAUAACAUUACUGUCUCUGCAUUUAUUCCUGCUCCCAAACUUUCAGAUGGAUGUCGGCGAAGUAGCAUUACCCAACUUAAUGCUUGGGAUUUUUAUUUAGAGAGCCUUCAACAUUCUCUUGGGACCCUUAGACUGUUUCUGAAGGUCUUGAAUUCCAAUGGUUUAUUGAUAGAUGACAUCACCUUGAAGGCAUCCGAUGUUCUAGACCAUCUGGAAUACUGCAUCCGUUUUGCUUCAGCAUGGUUGAGGAGGAAUCCUGAAGAUCUUCUGAUGAUGAGUCAACCAAUUUCAAAUGGACUCAAUGGAAUACCAUCUUCUUCUGAAUUUAAUACAGCUCCUCUAAGAGUGAAUUUGGUGGUGCAUAAUGAUUCGUUUGCUGUUGACAACGAGCUUCCUGUUUCUGCCAGCAGGCCACAGCUUCACAAUUUUACUGAUGCCAGAGUACACUUGGUUCCAAGUGAUGAAAGAUGGCAACUGAUUGGGUGUUGUUAUUUUGGAAGAACCCAUUCCCUGAAGCCAAUUGAUUUGCUGCCAAGCUUGUUGUCUGAAUUACUCUUGAAUGCAUUAGCAUAUACUUCAUCUGGUCUGAACAAAGAGUUUUCCUUCUUCAUCAGGCUGAAACUAGAGAAGGAUUUACCUAAUCAAGAAAUUGGUAAAUCAGAAAUGUUUCCCAAUGAAAAGAGUGUGAUGCCUUGUGAUAUACUUUGGAAUGUUUUUGCUAGCCAGGAAGAUGUACGUGAAAUUCUUACAAAAGAGAAAAUCAAGUUUUACCAGACUCUUGGUCGCAAGUCGCCUAGAGGCUGGAAAGAUGUACAGAUAUGUAUCAUAGCAAAGGACGAAAAUGAUGAUACUAUUGGACAUCACCAAGAGGGAGGAGCUAGAAAUAUUUCUGAUGGGAGAAAUUGGAUCUUUGAUGGCAACAGUUUUCUGGGAACCAAAAGAAAAAGUGUCAGCCCUCCCAGGGAUAGGGUCUCUUCUUUCAAUUAUCCAAAGGAAGUAUUCAAGAGAAAUGGUGAACUUUUGGAAGCAAUUUGUAUCAAUUCCUGUGAUCAAAAUCAAGUUGCAGUUGCCAGCAACCGCAAGGGUCUGAGUUUUUUCAAUUGGAAACUCGAGAAAGGCAAAACUGAGCAUGCACAGUAUAUUUGGUCAGAAUCUGACUGGCCAAAGAAUGGUUGGGCUGGAUCUGAAUCUACCCCAGUUCCUACAUUUGUUUCUCCAGGUGUUGGGCUUGGUAGCAAGAAAGGCACAAACCUUGGUUUGGGUGGAGCAACCAUUGGCAUGAGUUCUUUGGCAAGACCAGGGAAAGAUUUAACUGGUGGUGGAGCAUUUGGAAUUCCAGGUUAUGCUGGUAUUGGAGCAUCAGGGUUAGGCUGGGGUGAACAUGAAGAUUUUGAGGGACUUACUGAUCCACCCGCAACAGUUCAAAAUAUCAGUACACGGGCCUUGGCUAGCCAUCCCUCAUUGCCUUUGUUUUUGGUUGGCUCCAUUAAUACCCAUGUUUAUCUUUGGGAGUUUGGCAAAGAUAAAGCUACAGCAACAUAUGGUGUUCUGCCCGCUGCAGAUGUCCCCCCACCAUAUGCACUAGCAUCAAUAUCAGCCUUGCAAUUUGAUCAAUGUGGGCACAGAUUUGCUACUGCUGCAAUGGAUGGCACUGUAUGUAUAUGGCAACUUGAGGUUGGAGGAAAGAGUGAUGUUUGCCCGACAGAAUCCUCCCUUUGUUUUCGAACCCAUGCAUCAGAUGUGAAGUACGUUGCCACUAGUGGAUCAAUUCUUGCUGCGGCAGGAUCUAGCCCUAGUGAUGUCAAUGUUGUUAUAUGGGAUACUUUGGCCCCACCAGCCACGUCGCAAGUUUCUCUUACUUGCCAUGAAGGUGGUGCUCGGUCCCUUGCGGUGUUUGAUCAUGAUAUAGGUAGUGCUUCUAUUUCACCUCUAAUUUUGACGGGGGGAAAAGGUGGAGAUGUUGGAUUGCAUGACUUUCGUUUCAUCGCAACAGGACGGACUAAGCGGAAUAGACAUUCCAAAGGGCAUUCAAACCCGUCCUCUCCACAUGGCAUGCAAUCUGGAGCAUCAAAGAAGUCUGGCAAAGUAAAUCAGAAUGGGAUGCUUUGGUAUAUACCAAAGGCACACCUAGGAAGUGUUACAAGGAUAUCGACCAUUCCGAAUACUAGCUUGUUCCUGACUGGAAGUAAAGAUGGAGAUGUUAAACUCUGGGAUGCCAAAAAUACUGAGCUUGUUUUCCAUUGGCAGAGAGUUCAUGAUAAGCACACUUUUCUACAGCCUAAUUCUAGAGGUUUUGGUGGAGUAGUACGGGCUGCUGUCACAGAUAUCCAGAUCCUACCAAAUGGUUUUCUUACAUGUGGCGGAGAUGGUGUUGUUAGGCUAUUCCAACUCCAGGAUGCCCAAUCAAAUUCUUAAGCAUAUCCAUUUUACUUGAAUUAAAAGCUGAAUUAAAUUAAGAGCCAAACCCAGUGAAUCACAAAUGGUACAGUAUCAAAGAGAGUUAGUACCUCCUCUAGUAAAGGAAAGCAGCUCCCUACCGAAUUGAGCAAGCAAAUAGUUUUACACUGUACGGCACCAGUGGUUCACUAAUUGCUGUCAUAUCAUGUUCAAUACCUUAUGAUGGGGAGCCCUUGAAACACUUUUGAGUGGUAACCGUUGAAUUACCAUGCGCCAUCCAUGGUCUUGACCAGCGGCCCCUCGUGAAUGCUCACCCCAACUUAACUAUGUCUGUUCGUGUGGCAUACAUGAUAGUCAUUGUACAUAAUGGAAAGCUGGUGUAAUAAAAAUGUUUCCCUAACUUGUCGAAACCAGCUUGCCAUAUUGCGAAUAUGUUUCAUCCCUUGUUUUAUGCUGGGGGUUUAUUUCUUGAUAUCUAUUUAUUCUUUGUUUUACCUCU